AUGUCCGAAAAUGGUGUUCCACCUCUGAAUCCAACUGCUGUUCCAAUCACGAACCCGAUAACAACGGAAGUGAGAAGGACAAUCUCUCCCUAUGAUUUGACUGCUGCCGAUAACCCUGGCGCUGUGAUUUCGCAUCCUCUGCUCAAGGGAUCGAAUUACGAUGAAUGGGCUAUUGGUUUGAAGACAGCUCUUUCUUCUCGAAAGAAGUUUGGCUUCCUUGAUGGAUCCAUUCCUCGUCCAGCUGAUGGGUCUUCUGAUCUCGACGAUUGGUGGACGAUUCAAGCCUUGCUUGUAUCGUGGAUCAAGAUGACUAUUGAUCCUGCUCUUCGAUCCAGCAUCUCUCAUCGUGAUGUUGCGAAAGAUCUGUGGGAUCAUUUGAAGAAAAGGUUCUCGGUGACUAACGGACCUCGGAUUCAACAACUUAAGGCGGAGUUGGCUUGUUGCAAGCAGCGUGGACUCGCCAUUGAAGCUUACUAUGGAAAGAUGAACCGAAUUUGGGACAACAUGGCUCAAUACAGACCGUUACGCGUCUGCAAAUGUGGUAAAUGUGAGUGUGAUUUGGGGACUCUCCAUGAGCAAGAUCGUGAAACAGAGAAGGUUCAUGAGUUUCUCUCUGGUCUUGAUGAGAAAUAUCAAACCGUUCGGUCUGCUCUUGUUUCUCGUACACCAAUUCAGUCUUUGGAGGAGGUGUAUAAUGUCGUGAGACAAGAAGAGGUCUUGAAGACAACAUCAAGUCCUGUUGAAGUAACGCCGGAAGUAACUGCUUAUGCUGCUCAAUCUCGGGAGCGCACAUCUUACUCUCGGUCUGAUGAAGCUGAAAAAUGCAAACAUUGUCAUCGCGGCCAUCCGUCUGAUCGGUGUUUUGCUGUCAUUGGUUAUCCGGAAUGGUGGGGAGAUCGUCCCAAAACUCGGACAUUGCAAAGCAGAGGACGUGGUGGUGUUUCCUCGUUUGGUGGUCGUGGUCGUGGUGUUAAUUACGCUAACGCCGUUCAUGUGCCACAACUACCACCACCUGAACAAGCCAACCAUGUCUUCACUGACAAAGAUCGUGAUGGAGUCCAUGGUCUCAGUGAUGCUCAGUGGCGUACGCUGGUCAGUUUGUUGAAUGCCGGGAGCAACGGUACCAACACUGAAAAACUCUCGGGUAUGUAUUCUUCUCCGUCUUGGAUUCUUGAUACGGGUGCAUCUCAUCAUUUGACUGGAUCAUUGCAUAUCCUCACUGAUAUUCGAGAGAUGGAUCCAGUUUUGGUAAUUUUGGCUGAUGGCCGAGAGCGGAUAUCAGUAACGGAAGGCACUGUUGCUUUAGGACCUAAUCUGAUCUUGAAAUCUGUGUUUUAUGUUGAAGAGCUCAAGUCCGAUUUGAUUUCAGUGGGUCAGUUAAUGGAUGAGAAUAAUUGUGUGGUACAAUUAGCUGAUCGGUUUCUUGUGAUUCAGGACCGCGUUUCGAGGACGGUGAUUGGAGCGGGUAAACGAGAAUCUGGAACCUUCCGCUUUUGCAGAACGGAGUCGGUGGCUGCGGUUACUACUCGGGACGACAAGGCUUAUGAGUUGUGGCAUCAUAGGCUUGGUCAUCCCUCUGCCAAAGUAGUUGGUCUACUUAAACAUGUUGAUGUUUCUGUUGUUUCUGAAUCUUUCAAUAAGGCGUGUGAUGUUUGUUUCCGCGCCAAGCAAACUAGAUCUCCAUUUCCUACAAGUAUCAAUAAAACUAAGCAAGUUUUUGAGUUGAUUCAUUCGGAUUUAUGGGGUCCGUAUCGGACACCUUCUCACAGUGGUGCUCGAUAUUUUCUUACCAUUGUUGAUGACUUCUCUCGAACUGUAUGGCUGUAUUUGCUUACCGACAAGACUGAGGCACCUGUUCAUCUCAAGAAUUUCAUUGCUAUGGCUGCUUGUCAAUUUCAGUCUAAGGUUCAAUGUUUAAGGAGUGACAAUGGGACUGAGUUCAUGAGCUUGACGUCUUAUUUUCGGGAACAAGGAAUCCGUCAUGAAACUUCCUGUGUGGGCACACCACAACAGAAUGGGAAAGCUGAGAGAAAGCAUCGCCAUGUUCUCAACGUUGCUCGUGCGUUGAUGUUUCAAGCAAAAAUGCCGAUUGAAUUUUGGGGAGAAUGUAUUCUGACGGCGGGUUACUUAAUCAAUCGAACACCCAGUUCUGCUCUAAAUGGUCUUACUCCGUAUGAGAUGCUUCACAACAAAGCUCCGGAUUAUGCACAUCUUCGUGUCUUUGGAAGCUUGUGCUAUGCUCACAACCAAGGCCAUAAGGGAGACAAGUUUGUCUCUAGAAGUCGCAAGUGUGCGUUUGUGGGUUAUCCCUAUGGUAAGAAGGGAUGGCGUCUCUAUGAUUUGGAAAAGAAGCAAUUUUUUGUUUCCAGAGAUGUCGUCUUCUGUGAAAAUGAAUUCCCAUUUGUCGCUGCUGCAACAGAGAAUCUCUCUCACGGUCUUGAUGAAGAAGGAGGGUUAUGGGCUCCAAUUGGUCCAAAUUUAAUUGAAGAAGAAGUUGGGCCUCCAGCUAGGGUUACACCAAGCCCAUUACCAAACCCAACCACUAAUUUCUCUCCUCCUUCUUCCCCGACGACUCCAGCAACCUCCAUUGAUUCUGAUCACUUGAAUCCUCCUUCUCCGGUGCCUAAUCCCACGCCGGCAGAAUCAUCAACACCUCAGGAUUCUCCUGAACCUCCUCCUGAACCUGAGCUACUUGGUCGUGGUCAACGACGAAAAACCCAAUCUGUUACUCUGCGAAAUUUUGUUAUCAAUACAGCACAGAGUAAGCUUCUCUCAUCGCCUUCUGGGGGUAAAUCGACUUACCCAAUCUCCAACUAUGUGAACUGUCAUCGUUUUUCUCAGACUCAUCAGGCUUAUUUGGUUGCCAUAACUGAGAAUGUGGAACCCAAAUCUUUCAAAACGGCGAUGCAAUUCAAAGUCUGGACAAAGGCGAUGGGUAAUGAGGUAACUGCUUUGGAAGAAAAUGGAACUUGGGAAUUGGUUGAUUUGCCUGCAGGGAAACGAGCCAUUGGCUGUAAAUGGGUUUACAAGAUCAAAUAUAAUUCUGACGGCACAAUAGAGCGCCACAAGGCUCGUCUUGUUGCUUUGGGGAACCGCCAGAUUGAAGGUGAAGAUUACGGUGAAACGUUUGCGCCUGUAGCUCGAAUGGGGACCGUGCGUUUGUUUCUUAAAGUAGCUGCUGGAAACAACUGGCCCGUGUACCAAAUGGAUGUUCACAACGCCUUUUUACACGGAGAUCUAGCGGAAGAGGUAUACAUGAAACCUCCUCCUGGUUUUCUUGCUGAAGGUGAUCAGAAAGUUUGCAGAUUGAAGAAAUCAAUUUAUGGGUUGAAGCAGGCACCGAGGUGUUGGUUUGAGAAACUUACUAAAGCCCUUCGUGCAUACGGUUUUCAACAAUCAUUGGCUGAUUACUCUUUGUUCAAUCUUGAUAAGAAUGGGGUGAAAAUCAAUCUUCUUAUUUACGUGGAUGAUAUGAUUCUUACGGGAAAUUCUGAACAAGCUCUCAAGGUAUUUAAAGCUUACCUUUCUUCUUGUUUCAAGAUGAAGGACUUGGGAUUUUUAAAAUAUUUUUUGGGAAUUGAGGUUUCACGCAACAAAAGUGGAUUCUACUUGAGUCAAAGGAAGUAUACUAUGGAUAUUCUUGCUGAAACAGGAAUGUUGGGUGCGAAGCCAGCCUCCUUCCCACUUGAGCAACAUCAUCGACUAGCAUUAUCUACAUCUGCUUACUUGAUUGACCCUACUCCAUACCGUCGUUUGGUUGGAAGGUUGAUAUAUUUGGGUGCUACACGUCCUGACUUGGCGUUUAGUGUUCAUGUUUUGGCACAAUUCAUGCAGCAACCUCGUGACGAUCAUUGGCAGUCUGCGUUACGAGUGGUUCGCUAUUUGAAGGGUUCGCCUGGUCAGGGAAUUCUUUUAGACUCUGACAAUACGUUUCAAGUCUCAGGUUGGUGUGAUGCGGGAUACGCAAGUUGCCCAUUGACGCGACGGUCUAUCACGGGAUACUUUGUUCAACUCGGACAAUCUCCGGUGUCUUGGAAAACGAAAAAACAAGAUACGGUUAGUAAAUCUUCUUCUGAAGCUGAAUAUCGGGCUAUGUCUUUUCUCAAAGAUGAACUUGUUUCUAUUAAGAGUGUUUUGCGUUCUCUUGGAGUUGUGCAUGAUCAACCUAUGGGAAUGUAUUGCGACAGCAAAUCCGCUAUCUACAUAAGCACAAAUCCUGUGUUUCACGAACGGACGAAACACGUCGAAACGGACUGCCACUCUGUUCGUGAACAAAUUCAAAAUGGCACAAUCACUCCUCAUCAUGUCUCUACAACUCAACAAUUGGCUGACAUUUUUACCAAACCAUUGGGACGUAAAAGUUUUGAGUUCUUCCGCACCAAGCUAGGUAUUCUUGAUCUUCAUGCUCCAGCUUGA